UAGGCAGCCUUGCCAGCGUUAACACUGCCUUUGGCUGCUGGCUUUUUAAACAUCUGAUCCAGAGAGACGAGGGGAGGGGCACCCCCGAGAAAAGAACGGGUUUUAAACAAAAUAGGAGGAGGGAGGAUCAAAAUUGUAAUGCCUUUCUGGUGUUUUUCCUGGUCCCUGAUUUGAUAGACCCCUCCCCCCUCUCUUCUUCAACCUGAUGCUCAGGCAGUUGAGGAAGAAUAGCCUUUGUCCUCAAUAUGUUUUGAUUUUAAAAAAGCUGCUGCACUGAAGAAGCAACAGCAAGGGUUCCAUGUGCUUGGUUUAACCCUGCCUAAAUCCACUGGUGAAGUGCAUUGUUGCUUGCAUGACUGGCGAAGAGUGUGUGUGGUUCUUGGCCAAUAGUGGUAAAGGAGAAUCCGCACACUGGGAGGUGGUUGGAGAGGCAGCUGCAAUAGCUGCUGCCCAUGAAGCAGACCAAAUGAUGGGUGUUUUCUCUGUCAAUUAUUAGCCACUGGAAUUGGUGAAAGGUCAAGCCAGAAAAGACGUUUGGAGCAUCAUUUGUAUAACUUGUGCGGCACACUCAAGAGCACUGUGAUCAGCUUUCCUCACGCCGAUCUAAGUCAGCAAUGGAUCUGAAGCGAAUGAAGGAUUACAUCUAUUGGCUGUAUUUCCAGUAUCUCCUGGUCACCUGCAGCUAUGUCCUGGAGCCCUGGGAACGAUCCAUGUUCCACACCAUCACAAUUACUGUUGUUGCUAUGGUAGUCUACACUGCUUAUGUCUUCAUUCCCAUUCAUAUCCGCUUGGCUUUUGAGUUCUUCUCGCAGAUAUUUGGAAGCCAGCCUGAAAGUACUGUUUCACUUAUGAACUGAUCCUGCCAGCACCAAUUAGCAGCUUUUGCAUGACAUGGGGGAAAGAACUCUUCCUCAAAUCUUUGCCUACAUAUAUUUUGGAAGCAAUUUUGAACAUGUGGGUUCACAUGCAUGCCGAUGCUACCUCCUCUUAACCAAGCCAGACCAUUGUUGCCCUAACAUACCACUGGCUAGCUAGCUCUCUUUGGAACAGCUUCUGUUCAAGGCUGCAGUCCUAUCCAUAUUACCUGGGAGCAAGUCCCACUGAACUCAGUGGAGCUUCCUUCCAAGUAGACAUGCAUAGGCUUGUGAGGUUGGCGAUGCAUUCUCCUUGGAAGAUGUUGCUUUGGUAAACCUCCAUACGAAUUGCAUUCAUUGGUAGCAUGUUCCCCCAUGAAAAGCAAGUAUUUGUUCUUGAAUGCCUAGUGCACCUGUUUCAUAAUCCCCUUGUACCUUCCUUGAGAGUUUUCAUUUCGAGCAGUGAAUAAACCUGUGGAUAUUUUUUUCUUUUAAGGGAUAAGAGGAAAAAAUCUUACAGUUACAACAUGUUAUGUCUUUCCUUUUGAACAUGAUGCUUUUAUUUUAAAAAUUCAGUAUUUUUUUCUUUUGGGAUACUUCCCUAAUCCCCGUUUCUCUCUGACAACAUGUUAAGUGGUUCUUUAUAUAAGGAUGACUUUCCAUUUAUGUGUUGCGAAUGAGAAAAGGUAACAUUGAAAAACUCACACGGGGUUAGAUCCUGAGAAGGGUGAUCAGAACUUUGCUUAUGUGGUGGGGGUCUUCUCUCCACAUCCUCCCACAACAGCCCUUUCUGCCCCCCUCCAAACAGGUCCUGAAGGUGGAGAGACCUUCCACAGAGAUGCAGAAUGUGGUGCAGGAGACUGCAGGUGGAGGGGGAAAUUGGCAGAAAUGGGGGGAGGGCAUUUGUGUAUGUGCCCCUCCCUCACAUAAGGAUCCUUCUGGAUUCUAACCAUGGAAUUAGCAAGAGCCUGUAUUCAAGCAUCUCAGUUAUUUUAUUGUUUUGUAGGGGGCAGGAAAAUCUGUGUGGGUUUGAGGGGAGGAAUAAUUGCAAUAUUUUGCUAAGAAAAACCUUGACAUUUUGCAGGAAAUAGAUUCAGAGCUGCACCGGUUGUUGACUGUGAAGUUUUUUGUGGGUUUUUUUGCAGAGUGAUAUUAACCUUGCUUAAUACCAUAUGUAGAACUGUUUUCUAUUCUGCCUCUUUUCAUCCCAUGGGACAAAUAAAGCAUGUGUUAGGGCUACACUAGAAGUAGAAGCAAUAUCCUAAUAACUGCAGAGGCUCUGAAAGCAUUUAUAUGGAAGAUUCAGUACAAAGGUUUUCUUUUUAGAAAGCAAAAAGUGAGUCAUACUUAGUUGAGUUGUUUCUUUUUGUUUUUUUAAAAGUGCCAAUGUUACACUUUAUCUAAAUGAAAUAUGAAUGCGGAGGACAACCUUGCAUGUCUACUAGAUGUGCUUCUUGCAGUGCACACCACUACCGCUGAAGGCGAGUUAAAGUGUCAAAUGUAAAUAGCUCUCAGUGUUUGCACAAUUACAAGCAGUAUGAAGAAACUGCCUCUUUUAUGUGGAUUGCACAAGACUGCAUUUUUUUUCAAAAAAGCAAAUUGCACUGUUUCUGUCACAAAGACCAUGUCUUGAAGAUUUAAGAGAUCUGAACAUGUAUGCUAUUUUGCAGAAACAAGAAUAAAGUUGAGUUUGUUUUAA